GCGGGGGCCAAGUGGGGGCGCAACAACGACUCACUCCAGCGACAAUCACUGAGGCGCAGACAGCUCUAGCAGGCAGUAGCAACAGCAGCAAAAGAGUCAUACGCCAGCCCACUACAGAGUACAUCAAAGCCAGCGCCUGCCGCGCCUACAGCCCCCCAGCAAGAACAACAACAACACCACCCAACCCCCCUCGCCCAAAAUGGCAGACGCAUGGUUCGAAACCGCUCUCACGCACCCCAGCAACCAAGCCGCGCACGACCAGCGCGCCCUCACCAUCGUACACUCCCUUCUCUGCGAAAUCACAACACCCGAGCAAGCAGCGGCCGAGCUCGCAGCCGCGUACGACGCGCCCAUCCGCAAGGGCAACACGACGAGCGUGUACGGCUUGUGGCGCAUCUACACGGAAGCGGCGGCGCGGGCGGCGGAAGACAAAUACGCCCGGCUGCGGAUGGUGUGGACGCUGAAGUGCUUGGCGGGAUUGCCGGACGUGCUGGACGGGAAGGGGGAGGUUGUGCGGGAGAAUGGGAGGGUGUUUUGGCGCGAGCUUCCUGAGUUGGGGUUCUGUUUGCGGGAGGGCGUGAUAGAGCCGCAGUUCGCGGUCGACGACUUCAAGCGCUGCAAGGUCCCGAGCAAGGAAUGGGACGCGAACGUGGACGCGUUCGCGAACGCCCACGCCUUCGCCGCGCUGUGCGUGCGCGAGUUCGGCGCUAAGCUUCCGCCGCAGGAGGGCUUGCUGUGCUUUGCGCUGUGGCACCUGAGCGAGACGCUGGAGGUGGAGCUCGAGGGCCACGAGGGCCGCGCCCGCCACACGAUGCUGUAUCUGCCUGCGGCGGCGCAGUGGAUCGCCGUUGCCGGCGGGGCGGUGCAUAAGGCUUGUUGCGCGAAUGCGCUGGGCUCGGGGAAGAAGGCCCAGAAGGGCUGGAUUGGUGGUGGUUAUGGGAGCUAUGGCUUGUGGGACGGUGGGAAUGGGUUCAGUGUUGAGCGCUGGAGGUUUUGGCGGAAGAGGUUGAGGAGGAUCGCGAAGGUGCAUCCGGAUGAGGCGGUGCGGAAGAUGGCGGAGAAUGCUGCGGUGCAGAUGGAUAGGUUUGGUUGCUCGGACUAAUUUUGAAAUGAACGGGGGUUCGUAGAGAUGCAUUUUUGUAUAUGAGUGGAGGAAAUGGGUGAAUGAAAGUGAGCUGUUGAGAGAAUAGUAUAAUCCCAUUUCUUCUAUAAGAAGAUUAACUUAUAGCGAAGCUAUUUUAGUUAUAUUUUAGGGAG